GUUCCAUAAAGCCCCCGGGCCUGGGUCACGCUCCCGCGUGGUGGGAGGGAGCUGGGCAUGUAGCUCACACGUCUGUCGAGGGAGCCCCAGGCCCGACUGAAAUCCCCUUCUCCCGCCUGUAAGUGUGAUAGCCCCGCAGCACGGACACCAGGGUACGUGUUAACGGUGACCGACGCCAGCAUGGCUCCAAACGCGCAGGGAGCACGGCCACAGCAAGGAGGUGUCAUUUUUCCAUAGCCCAGUUCCUGAUUACACCGCCGCCUUGUCCCGUGCACUACGUGCUGCCCUCUCUAAUGAUUACUGCAGUGGGUACAGCCGCAGUGCUAAAAAAAUGUUAUUUUAUUGUUUGAGAACCGGCCAGAAGUGCCGAGAUGAGCUCAGAGGCGCAGGCAGCGUCCAGGUUUCGCACCCCGGAGCCAGUCUUUGGAGUUGUUGCUCCUGAGAUCAUUGAAGAUACUUUAAUUUGUUUAGCUACAGAAAAUGAACACUAUCUGAAUGAGCUCUCACAUCAAGCAGGAUGCUUCAAAGAGACCCAGAUAGUAGAAUUUGUAUUUCUUUUGUGUGAAAAAUGGUUCCUGGACCAAUCUGCACGAUAUCAAGCAGUUGAAAUAUUUGAAAGGUUUAUGAUUAAGCAUGUAGAAGAGAGCUAUAACUCUAUCAAAAAGUCAAGGACAAACAAUGAACAAGGAGAGGGCAACAUAUGGGGCACUUUGAAAGCACAGAUGUGUGACACAUUUGUGCUGCGGCUUGUGUCUUGCAUUCAGCUUGCAAGCAAACUUUCUUUUCACUACAAUAUAAUUAACAAUAACACAGUUCUGAAAUUUCUGCAGUCCUUAGACUAUUCAUACACAAAACAGAACUUGGUGGAGUCAGAACUUGCCAUACUGAAGGCUCUGUGCUUCCAGAUCAACGUGCCAACUCCUUUUGCCUAUGUUGAGUUGCUUCUGGAGGUGUUAGGACAUAAUGGCUGCUUACUUCCUAUGAAACAGUUGCAUAAGAUGUGCAUGCACCUACUGGAUUUAACUUAUCUCAUGCGGAACAUCAUCUAUGAUACUUUACUGAAGAUUUCUAUUGAGAAUUCAACACCAAGUGAACUCCAGAUAGCAAAAUUUUUGUCAGUAAAGGAAGAUUUCAUGCUCUUGGCAGUUGGCAUCAUCAGCACAAGCGCUUUCAUACUAAACCCUGAAUACUGGAAUCAGGUUGUGGAGCAUUUAAACUGCAUCACUGGUAUUACCACACAAAGCAUUUUAGAGUUUUCAUAUGCAAUACUGAAGCACAGUGUUGGCACCACUAAUCCAAGGAAGAACAAAGGAACUAGAUCUUCAGAGAACUAUGUUGUACCUCCUACAAAAUAAACUUGGCUUUUCCACUGCAACCUUUCCCAUGUAUCAGUGUCCUCAAAGCCAUGUUUCAUCCACUAAUCCUUUGUAACAGAUGCAGGUGGUUUUGACUUGUAACUCAUGUAGGACGAACUUUUGUUUAGUUGCUAUGUAGCAGCUAUCAAAUAUGGCAUUUAAAACUGUUAAAAUUGGCCUUUGCAAACUAUCCCCUAUACUGAUGAAAUGACAUUGGAGUAAAAUGCUGCCAUGGUGAAGUGUUUUGCUUUUGGAAAAAUGGUUAUAGAAACGGCAGCAAUAAGUCUACAAACCGUUCUACUGUGUACAAGUGCUACAAGCCGGGCCAGGCUUUCUUCACACAGUUGCUGUUCUGCAGAAGCAGUGACUGUCUUGAACAGUUUACAAUAUCAAGGUUGUUCCUUCCUAUAUUCUUUUCCUUCUGCCCCCCGGAUCUAGUUUCCCCACAGCCUGAAAAGAAAGUCAGUUAGGUAGUCUGCCAGUGUUAACAGGGGAGGGAAAUGCAAGUCAAAUCAAGCACCAGCUUCUUUGAAAGCUGGAUUU